AGUUAACUAUACCAGUAAGUGUGCCACUCCCCUACUUGUUUCCUUCCUAGUAGUUCAGGUUGCACAACCUCUUUACCAGUACAAAAUGGAGCUGAUAAGUUCCACACUCUACCUCAUCUUCACCCUAGUCUUGAUCUUUGUUCUUCGAUCAGUGCUUGCAGCAAGAGGUAAUACAAAGAGCAAACCAAAUAAGUCUAAACUCCCUCCAGGACCAACCCCUCUUCCGAUCAUAGGAAACCUCCACAAACUGGGAAACAAGCCCCAUCACUCCAUGGCUAAGCUCUCAGAAAUUCACGGCCCAAUAAUGACCUUAAAGUUUGGCCAAGUCACCGCCAUAAUCAUAUCCUCAGCUGACAUGGCCAAAGAAGUGCUCCAAACCCACGACCUCUCACUCUCAAACCGACCUGUCCCUGACGCCUUAACAGUUCUCAACCACAACAAAUUUAGCUUGUCCUUCAUGCGGGUCUCACCCCGGUGGCGCGACCUCAGAAGAAUAUGCAACGACCAACUAUUCGCCAAAACUACCCUCGAUGCCAGCCAGGCCCUGAGGCGCAAGAAGCUGCAGGAUCUCUUGACUGACAUCAACAAGUGCAGUGAGAUUGGUGAAGCUGUGGAUAUUGGAAGAGCAGCUUUCAAGACCACGGUUAAUCUCCUUUCCAACACUUUUUUCUCCGUAGAUUUUGUGCACUCUGCAGAGGAAGCUGGGGAGUACAAGGAGAUAGUUGUCAGCAUAUUGAGGGAGGCCGGAGCGCCCAACUUGUCUGAUUUUUACCCUGCGCUAAAGUUUCUUGACUUGCAAGGGAUCAGAAGGAGGUCGAUUGUGGAGGUCAAGAAGGUGUUGGCCAUCUUCAGGCGCUUCGUUGGGGAACGAAUGAAUAUGAGAGAAGGAUCAGGUUCUGCUGGGAAUGAUGAUGUGCUUGAUGCCUUGCUUAACAUCUCUAAGGAGAAUGGCAAGAUAGAGAUGGAUAAAGAUGAGAUUGAACAUUUAUUGAUGAACAUAUUUGUUGCUGGAACCGACACAACAACAUACACAUUGGAAUGGGCAAUGGCAGAGUUAAUUCACAAUCCAACCAUCAUGUCAAAAGUCGAAAAGGAGCUUCAACAAGUAGUAGGAAAAGGCAUUCCUGUAGAAGAAACAGAUAUCACAAGCCUCCCUUACUUGCAUGCAGUUAUAAAAGAAACCUUCCGUUUGCACCCACCAGUUCCCUUAUUACUCCCACGAAAAGCAGAGGUAGAUGUUGAAAUCAGUGGCUACACCAUCCCAAAAGAUGCACAACUGUUCAUUAACGCAUGGGUUAUUGGUAGGGACCCAACUAAGUGGGAAAAUCCAACUGUGUUUUCACCUGAGAGGUUCUUGGACUCUGAAAUUGAUGUGAAAGGGCACCACUUUGAGCUCAUUCCAUUUGGGUCUGGACGAAGAAUAUGCCCUGGUUUGCCUCUGGCUAUUAGAAUGUUACCAUUGAUGUUGGGAUCGUUGAUCAAUUGCUUUAAUUGGAAGCUUGAAGAUGGUAUCAAACUAGAUGAUUUGGAUAAGGAAGAUGAGUAUGGGAUUACCAUGGAAAAAUCUCAACCCGUUCGUGUUGUUCCAAUCAAAUUAACUGAGCAAUAGAGAUGUAUGUCAGUAUUGAGAUGGUUAGUCUCAUGAUUGCAAAUAGUAGUACUGCUAAAAAAUAAACAAGCAAUAGUCAAAUGGCAAGUGUUUGGUGGAGUCUUCUCCUUUCCUACUUUCCUUGGACUUGUCUUUAGUGUUGUGAGGGUUGCUUUUGAACACUAUAAAAUAUAAAAUAAGGGCAAUGGUGUAGACGUGAUCACAGAAAUAAGGUCCAAUAUAUGAAGUAUUUGAGAUAUAAAGUCAUAUUAUAUUUUAUAA